AUGACGGCCCACUGGAUGGAUGGCGGCUGCGCGACGGCGGCGGAGGAGCCGGCAGGCGGCGUUGACAGGCUACCCGGCGACGUCGACACUGUCAUUUUCGUCGACGUCGACGGUGUGCUGAACGUUGGCGCCAAGGACAGAAGCGGAUCGCCCAUCCUGCUCAACGACUCGAACAUCAGGCUGGCGCGAUCCUUGUGGCGCGAAUCAUGCUGGCCCGAAAACUACCCGGAGCGGGAGCGCCUAACAGUGGAGACGUUGAUGGCUGUCUGUCAGAAGAGGCUCGACGGCGAGAGCGAGACACUCGCCAAUCUGGCCACCCAGAACCCCUCCCACAUCUCGGACGUGCUUGUGGGGCGCCUCGCAGAGAUCAUUGGCCUUGCUGGCCCGCGGGCAAUCAUCGUCCUGUCGUCCACCUGGCAGGCAGCACGCCACAAGAAGCGCCUCGAGGAGCUCCAGCGCUGCCUGACAAAGUGGCUCGGGCGCGAGUUUCGCUUCGACGCCAGCACUGGCUCGUUAGACGAGCUGCCCAACGGGCGCCUCCGGGCUAUUGGUAACUGCGUGGCGGAACUGACGGCCCAGGGAGGCGCGGCGGCCGCGGCGGCGGAGGCAGGGCGACUGAGGGUGCUCUUGCUGGAGGACUUCUUCAUAUCGCCCCUCAGGGGCACGUGGUCCCUCGACGGGCAGCCGAUAGACUCUCCCGCGUCGGUGGAGGAGUACAUCGGGAGCCGCGUGUUGCCUCCGGCUGCCGCGCGGGUGAGGCUGAUCCACACCUACUCGGAGUGGGUCACCGGCGACGGGUCGCUGCUGUGCUGCGGCGUGGGCCUCUCCCGGGCCGACGUGGAGAGGUCCAGGGAGCUCUUCGGCGUCGCCGCGGUCGGCACGCCCGACGCCAGCUCUCCGGAGCCCCGCAAGCCCUCUUUCGGGCUCUGCCCGGCGCAGCUUCUGGGCCUGCCGACCUGGUCCUGGUGCGCGCAGGGAGCGAGCUCGGUUGCGUUCACCACCAUCUCCGUCUCCUCCGCCCCCGUGUGA